CGCAAUUGUGGCAACACUGUAACAGUGAGCCAUCGCCCCGCUAACGGUGUCAUGGCGGUUUGACUUGUUGAAGGUUUUUUUUUGCUUUAACUCAAUAGUUAAUGUGCUUUUUAGCAAUUUGAUCUUUGAUUUCAAAAAGUAAAAUUACGUGACACAAAAUAGUUAAUAAUGCGCGAAUACAAAAUAGUCGUGCUAGGUAGCGGUGGCGUGGGAAAGUCUGCUCUGACAGUGCAAUUCGUACAAGGCAUCUUUGUCGAGAAAUACGACCCCACCAUCGAGGACAGCUAUCGGAAACAGGUGGAAGUGGACGGGCAACAAUGUAUGCUCGAGAUUCUGGACACGGCGGGCACAGAGCAGUUCACGGCGAUGCGAGAUCUGUACAUGAAGAACGGGCAAGGUUUUGUGUUAGUGUAUUCGAUCACCGCACAAUCUACGUUCAACGACCUGCAGGACUUGCGGGAGCAGAUCCUGCGAGUGAAGGACAAGGAUGAUGUGCCGAUGGUGCUGGUGGGCAACAAGACAGACCUGGAGGCGGAGCGCGUGGUCGGCAAGGAGCAGGGACAAAACCUGGCGCGCCACUUCAACUGCGCCUUCAUGGAGACCUCCGCCAAGGCGAAAAUACACGUGAACGAUGUGUUCUAUGACUUAGUGCGACAGAUCAACAAAAGUCCCCAAGAAGGAAGAAUCAAGGAAAAAAACUAUCAAGUACUGUAAGAUUCUGUAAGAGUUCCGCUGGUGCCAGCGAGUUCGACGCGUCGAGGUAUAAAAUAUUUAAUAAUUUGUAAGACUUCUCGUACCCUGAUUUGGCUCUUGACAGUACCCAAAGUUAACUAGAUCAGAUGAUGAGCAUAACUGCUUCAAAAUACCUGUAGCGUUGAGUAUGUGCAUUUGUUGAGCUGUGUCAUGAAGGAGUGCCGUACACAAGUGGAAAA